UAACAUGCUAACUGUAUGUUAGCUUGUCCUGUCAUCUCUUCAGUGUUUUUUUUGGUGUGUCUGACAGGAAGUGAGCAGUCCACAGGUGUGACGAAACCUCCCAAACCAAACCUGACACCUAAACCUCCGGUGAAGGAUGUUCAGCUGCUGAAGGAGCUGGGUCCCGGUCGAGGUCAGAUCAACGUCAUCCAGCAGCUCCUGGAUCAGGGGGCGGACCCUUCCUGCUACGCCAGCGAUGGCCGACAUGCUCUGGCAGUUGCUGUGCUUAAUGGUCACCAUGACGCACUUCCUGUUUUAGUGCAGCGAGGAGCUGACGUCGACGAGCAGUCCGGACAGUAAGACA